AUGGCUCCUAUCAAGUCUAUUCUCCUUGCCUCCGCCUUGUGCGCUGCCCAGCUCGUUGCUGGCCACAGUGUCAUUAUUAACGCUGUUGGUGAUGCCGGCGGCCAGGGCACUGCUCUCGGAGUCGUCGCAUCUACUCCCCGUGAUGGCACGCGCCGCAACCCCUUCCAGCAGGAUGCCACUCGCUUCCGUGGUGCUUCCAAGGCCACCGUUGGCGAGACAGUCGGUGCUGGCACCAACAACGUCGAGGACGGCACUACCAAGAUCCUCGCCGAGAACGGCGGUACUCUGCCUCAGGUCACUCCUGGUGGUGAGGUCACCAUGACUCUGCACCAGGUCAACGGUGACGGUGCUGGUCCUUACACCUGCAUGAUCAACUCUGACGGCACUGGUACCAAGUGGGCGAACAUCCAGGUCACCCAGAACGUCGACGGCCGCAACGGCAACAACCGCCAGGGUGCCAAGACUGAUCACCCUCUCGCUGCUGCUAUUCCUGCUGACCAGAAGUGCACUGGCUCUGUUGCCGGCGAGGACAAUGUCUGCCUUGUUCGCUGCCAGAACACUGCUAGAGCUGGUCCUUUCGGCGGUGUCGUUCCCGUCCAGCUUAGCAACGGCAACGCCGGUAACGGCACCGCUGAUGCUGGUGCUGAUAAGGCCAACAAGAACGCCAACGCUGGUGCCGCUAAGGGUGGUGCCGCUAAGGGAGCCAAGGGAGCCGCUGCUGAUAAGGGCGCCAAGGCUGCUGGCAACAAGAACAACAACAACAACAACAACAACAACAAGAGAGACCUCACUGUCGAGAAGCUCCAGCCUUUCGAGGAGGAGGAGGAGGAGAUUGAGGCUGGUGAGGAGAGUGAAGUUGAGCGCCGCCGCGCCAUCGAGUUCUCCGCCUGA